AUGGAUCUCAGAGAGUUGUUGAGAACUGCUGUGCUUCAGGGCAAGGGUAUUUAUUUUGGAGGCACGUGGGAAAAUACAACUGUCAAGGACCACGCAUCCCUCCACCAAGGCCAUGAUAUCAAAUUCUACACCGAAGAUCUAGACCCCGCCGUCCAACGUGAGACGAUCCUGAAAUGGCUAGUGACGACAGAUCCCUCUAAGAACCUGAACGCAGCGGUAACAGAGCAUAUCGAAACAACUGGGGAUUGGUUUUUGGGCUCCCUUCCUUUUAAAUUAUGGAUGGAGGACUAUUUUAAUCCGAACAAGGACGAGCCCAACAAGGACAAGCCCAACAAGGACAAGCCCAACAAGGACAAGCCUAACAAGGACCAUCCCAUUCUUGCGUACUAUUACUUCGACUCGAAGCGUUCCGAGAAGCGGGACAUAUCGAGCCUUCUACGAUCCCUUAUUGGGGAUCUCUGCUCGAAUACCCUCGACCUGCCUGAGGAUGUCCGAAAUCUGUAUUACGACUACACGGCCACAACCCCCUCAGAAUCUGAGUUGUAUGGCACAUUUCGGUCCGUCCUUCCGCUUUCGGCUCAAACAUAUAUAAUUAUUGAUGCACUGGAUGAAUGUUAUACUUCUCCGCAAGGAGAAGUGGUAUCAGAACUAUCAGACUACCUUUCAAAGCUAAUUGCCCUCGAAAUUCCCAACUUACACCUUUUGGUCUCCAGUCGUGACGACAAGCCCGCAAUCAACGACCAAUUGAAAAAUGCAAUUGCGCUCGGCGGCUACCGCCGCGAUUUCGAGGUUCAUAAUUAUGUUGCUGGUGAUAUCAAAACUGUGAUCGAGUCGAGAAUUGAAGAAAUACGCAAUUUGCGUAGAUUGGAUACUGAACUGAAAGCCUACAUUGUUUCGUCCCUUAAGGAGAAGGCAAAGGGGAUGUUUCAGUUGGUGAAAUGCUACAUUGAUGAGCUCUGCACCGCGUUAAAGGCAAUACCGCCAUUUAAGCAAAAAGAUGUAGUUAUGGCCACCUUGAAAAAUCUCCCUAAAGCGUACGUGGAUGCAUAUCGGCGAAUAUUAGAGAGAAUACCGCAAGGCGAGAAGAAGAGCGUAAUUGAUAUGCUUAAAUGGCUGGCGUUCUCGAAACGUUCGCUACGUCUUGAAAAGCUUUAUGAGGUGGUCACACUGGACGCGCACGGUCCUACCGAAUCCGUUGAGACAUCCAGGAUCCAAGAAUACUUGAUGGAUACCUUUUCAAGUCUUAUUAGAAUCCGCGAGCAUGACAAGACCGUGGAAUUUUCUCACUACACAGUAAAGGAAUAUCUUCUCUUGGAGAAGAGUCAUGACGAGGAGUAUUACGUCCAAAGCAUCGAUGCACAUAUCUCUAUCGCCCAAUGCUGCCUUACUUUCCUGGAGCGAUAUGAUAUAGACAACUCAAGUCACGGGUCAACUGACAACAACUGUCGUUAUUGUCCAAUAACUCGUCCACUCAUCGAGUAUGCGGCCAACAAUUGGUACCGGCAUGCGCUAAUGGUGCGGAAUGAAGUCACAGCAAUCCGCUCAUCGAAAGAGCUUGUUGAUGCAGCAAAUGGGGUAACAAUUAGCUCGCCCGGAGACUCCCCCGAUGCGGCAGAGGUAAUAACAACUCCGAAGUCUCCGGAAAUAUCCCUUUCGGAAUGGGCGCAGUCGACAAAGUCAGUGAUCGACAAGAUAGAUGCAGAGCCAUACAACGGCACCCUGAAAGCUGCGGCGUAUAAAGGUUACGCAAAGAUUGUUGAGUUGCUCUUAUUGCACGGAGCUCCCCUUGUUUCUGGAGACCAUUCUGUUUUGCAUGAAGCUGCAUCAGAGAACUAUCAAGAAAUGAUACAGAUUUUGCUUGGAUGGACAGAAUAUCGCUCUGCCCGUAAGUCAUGGUGGACUGAUAAAGGUGACCCGAGAGCAGAUGGGGAGAAAGUAAGCCAUGGAGAUCUCGAGGCAGUGAUGUGGAUGCUUCUUGAGAGGAGGGAGAGUGUCGAUGACGGGAAUGGGAAAGGAACGACGGCACUGCUACCCCAGGAAAGAGCCGAUAUCGAGAUAAAAGAAUCUGGUGACGGCACACCAUUGGCUAGGGCAAUUAGAAACGGAUCUGAGGCGGUCACCAAGCUUCUGCUCACGAAGGGCGCCAAAAUGAACUACUGUUACGUACCCAUUGAAUGGAACGCAGUUGCACUAAAGGCGGAGAAAAGGGCAAGGGAAAAAUGGAACAGGGCAAAGAACGUGGCAAUUGCAAGCCAAAUAGCAGCAACCGAAGCACUGUCACAAGGAGAAACUUGGAAGAUGAGGAAACAAUUGACAAAGGAAGCAGAGGCGAGCAGGGCAGCGGAAGAAAAUGCAGAGAGAAAAAUGAAUAGAUGGAAGAGAACGCCAUUGUCACGUGCUGCAGAGUUAGGGCAUGAGGGGGUUGUUAAACUACUACUGGAGCACAAGGCGGACAUCAAUGUGGAGGAUAAGGCUGGACGUACAGCGCGGGACUUGGCGGCCAGUAACGGGCACGAAACGAUAGCACAACUGCUGCUGGAGCAUGAGGCGGACAUGGAGAACUUGUAGGGAAACAUGUGAUGGUGGU